AUGUCUCUCAAUGGGCUAGAUACUGCCGCUGUUGUCGAAGCCUACCAGUGCGCUCUGGCUGAUGCAGGUGGAUGGUUCCUUCUCCAUUACAUUGCAAGAGAUGAGGUGGCUUUACUCGAGCGAGGCACCGGUGGGGUGCCCGAGGUGCGCAAUGCUAUCGACAACUAUGAAGAGAUCUCGCCGCUCUAUGGUUUCCUACAGUACCGGCGAAGGAAAGUCAUUCUCCGGUACAUGCCCGAGGGAUUGUCCCGGCUCAUUUUAGGUACGCCAACGGUUGUCUCCCUUUAUCCAUCUCAAAUCGUAACUAACCAGGACGCGUUUUUGUUUCUUACAGCGCGAAGUAACGUUCAGUUUUCGUCUGUCCUUGAGAAAUUCACCCCAAAUGACUCGGUGCUCCCCUUAACGCAAGCUUCCGAUCUCAAUGAAAGCGCCUUGUCAUCCGCAUGUCUCCUUCACACUGCGUCGGGUUCGAUAACCUCCUCGUCAAGCUCGCUUCGGAGACGUCGGCUGAUGGAAAUCACGGAAGAUGCAGAGGAGAACGGUCCAAAGGAAGAGAUCAAGGAACAGUCACAGGCACCGCAAGCGCCCCCAAAGAGUGAAAUGCGGCAACGGUCAGGUAGCCAAAAAUCAGAGGCAACUGUCGUGCCACCGGUCACUUCUUCACCCCCCGAAAUCGAACAAUCCUCGCCUGAUCUCCGUCCACCCCCAUCACGAGCAAGCUCCCGCCCCCCGCCCUCUCGAGGAACCCCCAGCGAAACAAACUCCGAAUCCAUGUCCCCUACCCCUCAAUCCCCAGCUUCCAGCUCAGAGCGCUCCCGAUACAGAAACAUACUCGAUGAGUUUCCCCGGCCUUCGGAAGAAGUUCGGAUGUCCACACAAUCAGCACGGCCUUCUCUACAGGAAUUAGAACGCGUCUCCACAUACUCAAUCACGCCAAAGGUUAAGCUAGGUCCUCGUCCUUCCUUGGACCAAAGUGGACGCCCCCGCACUUCCGGGAGCUCCAAGAAUGUUGAGCAACGGCCCGUCGCGUCCCUUCCAUCCAACAUGCGUUCCUCCUCCGUGCGAAAAUCAAACACAACGGAACCUCCUCGCCCCCGAUCUCAAGGCAGUUCCUUUGCGACUAGACCCAACAGCCGUGCACCGCCGAUCCCCCCACUCCUCGUCCCUCCUCCGAGCAUUCCGAUCUCAAGACCCCCACCGUCCCCGGGUGCUAAAUCCCUAGGUGCUUUGUCUACCUCUUCCGGGAUGACCCCCGAAAAGGAGCGACUGAUGAAAGCAUUGCAACAACGACGAAAGGCCAUGGCCAAACGAGCCGAAGAUACGAAGAAAAAAUCAAGCAUUAUCGAAGUCGACGAAUCAAAGGCCCAAUCCAAGACCACAUCAGACCCGGAGGAAAACAAGGAGAACAUCAAUUUGGCACUGACUGGCCCCGAGAAGGCGGAGCCACUGGUAGAGCGAAAUCUACCUCUGCGAGAUCCCGAAUCACCUGCAGCCGAGCUACGUCAUGAGAUUCCAAUGGCGAACGAAGAAUCUCCAAUCUUGAUUCCCAUCGAGGCUGUUAAGCCAGAGCCAACGGCUGACAUUGCUGUGUCAGAUUCCGAAGGCAGGCCAUCCUCACAUACUUCGGGUCCCAGUGCUGACUCUACAUUCUCUACUGACCUUGGAGAUUUCUCGGGGGUCAUAAAGUCAGAGACGCCUCGGACUGGUCCUGAGGAUGAAACACGCGCCGAGCUUGGGGACUCCGCAAUUUCCGGCCAAAUUGACACUAAGGAAGAACUAGUCUCCUCUAGCGUGGAUGUCGAAGCGCCCCUUGACCCGGUUUCCACUGAGUUUCCAGAAGUUCCAGAACAAUUGCCAGAACCCAAAGAUUCUUCUUCUUCUUCAACUCCGCCAGAAACCCCUGGGUCUGUGACUGAGCAAUUGGAAUCGGAGGCUCCUAUUGUGGAGCCCACUCCCGAAGAAACCCCUGAGUCUGUCGCUAUUCCCGUCACGCCACUAAAGGAUACCCCACCUAGCCCCGAGAUCGAAGCCACGGUCGCACCUGUAACCGUUUCAAUUGACUCUGUUCCGCUGGAUGAACCUACCUUUGAGGAGCCGAGAAUCUCAAAGCCCGAACAGAUCCCCCUGGACCAGCGACGAAAGAUACACCUAGAGCCAAUUCAGGUCCCGACCCUCGAGUACUCGGAUGACGACUGCCUUCUUUCGGACGAUUCUUUCAUGGAGGAAUUGAGAUCUGCCACUGUGCAGGAGGCCCGCCCGGUUGCUGUCAACUCACCCAAUGGUGGUCAGCACUGGAGAAGCCCAUCCCGCGCCGUCUCGACCCCCAAUGGCCUCCCAUCUCCUGCCUUCUCGCAGACACUCGCCGUAGGCGGCCGAUCUGCGUCGAGCUCAUAUCUCGACAACGGGCCUCUGACCCCGGUGCUCAUGGCAAAGAAAGUCAACGUUUCAUCUGGAAUCUCAAGCCGUAUCAAAGCCUUGGAAAAAUUCACAAGUCGAGAAGGCUCUCCCAACCCAACGAUCAACGGACCCGCGCCAUCUGCUUCUUCUUCCUUUGAGAAUCUCCGCAAACGUGCAUCAGUCUCUUAUCCUGGCGAUGUUACCCUGCCCGAUUUCUCUCGUGCGCCAAGCGUGAAUCUACAUGAGUCGCGCCCAGCUACUAGUAUGGCGCGCCGCACCAACUCAAUCUCCGUAACCGCUCAUAUUGUGCGUGACUCAAACGACUCACCUGUCUCUCCAGGUCCAGAGCAGUUCGAGUCCGAUGUACUCAAUCUCCAGCCCAGUCCUCCAACAGUUGAGCACGACUCGGCUGAAAAUUCUUCCCCUCAAAGUUUGACCCCACCCCCACCGGUGGAGUCUACCAACAAUGUGGGUGACCGAAGCAUGUCUAUGUCAUCUACUGGUUCUAGUCGACAAACUCCUAUCUCUCGUCCCACGAGCCGGCUGUCGUUGUCUUCGCGCACAAAGACCGACGAAAAUCUGCAUUCGUCGUCUUCUUCGACCCCUGAUGAUAAGAGAGUAUCUCGCGCCUCCCGUCUGAUGCGUCGCAUGUCAUCGAUUACGUCAAGUUCUCGUCGUAGCAUUAUUGGAGCCCUUAGCUCGCCUGUGAAGGAGGAAGAUUUUGCUACAAUCGCUGCUGGCGAGUCGGCCAACUCCCCGGCAUCCUCACGUCAGAGCCUGUCGAAGCCAAUUGAGAUCGGCGAGGUCAAUGUCCAAUUCCCUGAUACCCUCCUUUGGAAACGUCGAAGCAUGUGCAUUGAUGAGAAUGGAUAUGUUGUGCUCACACCUGGAACCACUGACGCGACUGCUCGCAACAUGAUCAAGCGCUACCACCUGACCGAGUUCCGAACCCCCUGUCUGCCUGACGAGGAUAUGCAAGAGCUGCCCAACAGUAUUCUGCUGAACUUUUUGGAUGGCAGCACUCUUCAGUGUGCUUGUGAAUCUCGACAGGGACAGACUUCCGCCUUGCAGACCCUUGUUGACGCCCACAUCGCCAACCAAUCAUAA